AAGAGAUUUUAGGGUUUCAGGAAAACUGACCCCUCUCUCUCUCUCUCUCGCUCAUCGUUCUCUUGCUGUUGAGAAAUUGGUACGGCUUAGUCGUCUCUUUGAUUCGAUUCUAGGUCUAGCGAUAGCCAUAAACGGAGAGCUUCUCAAGCUGGUAGAGUGAGAGAGAGAUGGCGGAACAACAGUAUCAGAUCGACCUCGGCAAUCUCAUGGCCUUCGACCCUCACCACCACUUCCCAUCUCUUCCCUCUUCCAGGGAGGAGCUUGUGAAGGAGGUUCUGGAAAAGAGCACCAAGUUAGUUCAAGCAGUUGCAGAUGCUCUUUUCAACUUACCUGCAACUGAAGACCCAAAUGGCCCCAUUGUCACAUUGCCUCCACCAACUACAAGAUUGCCAAGAGAGAAGCCUCUGCCAAAGAAAAAACCUCCUACGAAAUGGGAAUUGUUUGCUAAAAAGAAAGGUAUAGUAAAUCGCAAAAAAGGCAAGCUUGCAUAUGAUGAACAAACUGAUUCUUGGAAGCGCCGCCAUGGCUAUGAUCGUGUAAAUGAUGACAAUGAUAUACCCAUCAUCGAGGCGAAGAUGACUGAUGAGCCAGGCGAAGAUCCUUUUGCUAAGAGACGGGUAGAAAAGAAGCAUCGAGUUGAAAAGCAAGAGAAGAAUCGUUUGCAGAAUUUGAAACAAGCCGCAAAAGUUGGUGCCCUACCAAGCCACAUUCAACUUGCUGCUACAGCUCUGCCCAUAACAGGAACUCAAGCCGCACCUAGGAAAGCUAGUAAAAACGAACUUGAAAAUGUAGCUGGAAUGGCAGCAACUUCAACAGCCAGUGGCGGGAAAUUUGACAAGAAGCUUUUGGGAGAAAAGCCCCCAAAGCAUGAAGGGAAAUAUCGCAAGUUCCUACCUGUUGUGGAAGGCUCCGGAAUGGGUUCUCUAGAGAAGCAGCAAAAUGACAAGAUUCUGAGCAAGUUGUUCUCCAAACAUUCCCAUGAGAUACUGGAUGUUGAAAAGGCGGUUAAUAUGUAUAACGUGAAGAGGGAGAAGAAGCGAAGGAAUCAAGGAGGGAGGUCUUCAUCUACGACCACCUCAGGCAAGUUGAAACCAAAUAAGAAACCUUACAAGAAAACAUCAUCCAAAAUGGGAUCAUCUUCGAACAAAGGAAAAUCUAAAUCUAAAUGAAACUCAUCGGUAUGAACUUAUUCAAUCUGUCUCUUUUUUUGGGUGUUGCAAUUUUGUUAUUUAGAAAGGAUAUAAUAUUAAAGUUAAUGUUUAGUUAUUUUGUGGCAAAAAACUUGUCUGUCUCUCUUCCAUGGUUAAACACCAUAGAUCUUCCAUUGUUUCGAAGUUGGGAUGUGAUUAUAAGUCUUGAUGAUGCUGAUAUUGAAUCUCUUAUUCUCUGCAAGAUGAAUCAAA